AUGUUUUUCACGGGGCUUCUUAUCCUAGUUGCUGUGCUAUUGGCCGCUCGCUGUUCUGCGCAGCCCGGUGGCUCCCAGGCGCUUCAGCAGUUAACGGCUUUCAGGAAGAAUCACCGAAGAACUGUUGAUGGGAGGCUGUGCGCUGCCGCGUUUGUACAAGAUGACCAAACGUAUACUGACUGCACAACGGCAAAGGCGCCGAAUGGGACUACAGACAAGAUCCGCUUAAAAGCACGCCAAGCAUUCGAGAUGAAAGCAUCAGAGGGCGAAAGCAUGGUCUCUCGGUUGGAUGGCAGUAUUUACCAGACAAAUGAAUCUCAAAAGAAAUUUGAUGCCCUAUGUGGAACUCGACAUGAAUCUGUUGGAUCACAGCUUGAGCUCGUGGGCAAGAUUUUGCAGAGGAACCAGCAGUGUCUAAAGAAGCUGGCUGUUGCAUACACAACUGUGCGAAGUCUACAAGAAAUGAUCAGAAUGACGCACCAUCAAGUUCGACACCAAGAGGAAGUCGCUGAAAAACGGCCACAGAACUGCCGACAUACUCCAGGCUACGAAGAAGAUCCGGUUCCCGACGGAAUUCAUGGAGCCUAUUAUGAUAAUGCGCUGCUGGAAGGCCAACCCAGAAUUCGGAAAACAGAUAGAAACAUCGACGUAUCGUUUAGCGGGUCGGGGCCUCUCGACAACAUACCCAGCCACAAAUACUCUAUUCGUGAGUCUCUGAACUGUAUGUGCUGGGAUGGAUAUCUUUUGAUCCCUCAGACUGCACAUUACGUGUUCAGCAUAGAAACGGACAAUGCGGCGCGCGUGUUUUUAAACGGCCAGCCUAUCAUUGCAGAUCGGAUGCCUCAUGGAACUUCGGCGGACGCCGUUGGAAGCAAACGUGUUCCUCUCAUUCCCCUGGCUGAACGAGCAGGAAAACACAUCACAGAAUCAGCACCAAUUAGGCUAACCGGGAAAAAGAAGUACAGAAUCAGAGUCGAGUUUGUACAUAAUACACACUUUCUUGUGGAUAACGACGACCAAGGCAGCCUACAGCUUAUGUGGGCCUCCGAAGAUACCAAGAGGGAGGUCAUUCCACCUAAAUAUUUCUUCACAUCAAACAAGGGAUCUCCGAUAAAAGUGUCCAGUCUCGACCCGAACUUGUACGCAGUCUCAAUUCUUCACGAGGGAGCUGCAGCAUACUCCGAUAACCCUUCGUUUCACUUGCGAACAAUUCCUGGACAUCUAAAGGGAACCCGUUUCAUUAGAUCGCCUCAGCAUCCUUCAGCAAAUCUCAUGGAAUUCUCCGUGAAUCAGCCAGCCAACCUUUUCGUCGGAUACCCCGAACACGAGCUUUUUCCUCUGGCACCUUUCGAGGAUUAUCUUUGGAAAGCUCAUCCAACAGAGGACGCUUUUGUCGUGAAAGAGAAGAAAGGGGAUGGCGACACUAGUGACGACCAGGGAUCCGGCAAACUUUUAGUUCGGCGAAUAUUCCACCGAGGUGGACCCAUAUCGUUCAGCAUCGCCAACGAGAACGUCCCAUUCAUCAUAGCCCUCGCUACUGUUACAGAUGCAACGGCUUCAUGUGGGAACGGAGAAUACAUAUCUUUAACCUUUACCCAGCCAGUUCAACUUAUGAAGUUCCUCUACAUGCCACCUGCCGACCCGUUGAUGUGGCCUUCUGAGAUAACUCUGACAUUCGACGACAGCGAAACGGAAGUUUUCCGUAUUUUACAUACGGCGAAAUUGGAGCAUCACUCGUACUUGCUGGCAAUGCCGAGGAUUGUAACGAAAGUACAAAUCGAAGUCACUCAGAUGUAUGUUAACGGAGACGACAGCGGCGGGUCGUUCGAGUUCUGGGGAGUGCCAUGCGUAACAGAAGAAGAAGAAUCUUCCCUCCCGCCCCCAGUUGUGGAGCUCGAGUGCUUAGACACCUUGAGCUCUGCACUUCAGGGUCGCAGCCCUGCUACUGGGCUUCAGCUAAUUGCCCAGUGUGGAGCUAAAUGCUUUGACUCCCCAGGGGGAUCUGUGUACGGUGACAAAUUGUACUCCUUGGAAUCAACUAUAUGCAGCGCUGGGCUCCAUGCCUCAAUUUGUUCGUCGGGUUCUCCGUGCACGCUGUUUGUUACUGUGGCUGGACCCCAACAAGAAUUUCCUGCAGUCAAGAGAAAUGGAAUAAUGUCUAUGUCUCACGGACCAGCAGAAGCGGCGCUGGUCUUGGCACACGCGUCCUGCACCCAUUCGCUUAUUCGGGAGCCACCAGCAAAGUUAAAGAUUCAUUUUGGAUAUUCGAAAAUUCCACUUCCUCAAGCUGUACACUCUCAACACGCGAUGUCCCCAAAGGCACCUGCGAAUUUCUGGUCGAUAUCUGUGCCACAAAAUGGCUUAUAUCUCGUUGCAGUGGAAUUAGGAAAUCCGUGCGGGGUGGGGCUUGGGGCUGAACCGGCUGCCGCAUACCUAGAGGUGAAUGGUCUGCCUCUCGUUCGGAAUUUGAAGAUACAAAAGGGGAAGUUCUACACGGCUACUGUGUUUGCAAAUGUGACUGAGAGGUUGAUCGUCCUCACUUCAUCCUGCGGGCAUGAAUUGUCUGGUCAGCCGAAAGAAAAGGAUCGAAUGUGCGAAGCAGCAGUCACUACGCUAUUGAACGUCACGAUUGAGAAACUCUAA